CCCGUUUUCUCUCACUGACUGUGUGACACUCUCUGGCUAGUAAGCCACAAUUUUUAUGCAGAGAAAUCUGUCAUUACGCUCUCGCUGUUAGAGAAACUCACCAGCGCUUGACUCAGGAACAGGCAAAAGUAGACCUUUUAAAUAUACAUACCUAGUAAAGAGAAGAACAUGGAUUGGCUGUUACACUAAAAGCAAUUCAACAGUGCUGGAUGGUUGGAAUUAGGAGAAACACUGCAAAAUCUGGAUUACGUGCCAAAUGUGUGGAAUCAGAUUUGGACUUCAGAAACUUUAUGAAAAAAAAAAACAGCUGAAUAUUUCUCAUAAGUAUAUUCCAUGCCAAAGGACUUAACUGUUCAAAGGCUGGAAAAGCAGAUAAGGGCAGAGUGAAAGGACAAUUCAAACUAUCAAACUAAACCAACCAGUAUAUCAUGAACAUACUCUGAGGGCAUCUUUUUACGGUGUAAAAAGUCAAGACAAAGUCAGAAUGGAUGUAAAAAGGAAAGAGAUGGACCUUUUGAGCAACAGCAUUGCUGCCUAUGCACACAUAAAAGAUAAUCCUGAGAAGUUUGGCCUCUACUUUGUAAUUGGCGUGUGUUUUGGCCUGGUGCUUACCCUUUGUCUGUUAGUAAUACGAAUUUCCUGCAAGCCCCGGAGUCCAACUGAGCCACCGACUCCAGAGAGAAAACAGCUGAAGGACUAUUGUGAAGAUGAUGAAGAUGAAGAUAGUGAUGAAGACGAGGAUGAGGAGGAGGAGGAAAAUGAGGACAAAGUUGGAGAUGUGGAAGCUACUAUUACCCACUGCAACGCAGAAAUCACGAUUGGCAACCACCACAGCACUUUGGAUGGAAAUGUGAAUGUGUUUACCUCAGCAGAGGAGCUGGAACGAGCCCAACGCUUGGAGGAAAGAGAGAGAAUCAUCAGAGAAAUCUGGAGAAAUGGACAACCAGACAUCCUGGGCACAGGAACCAGUACAAUUGGAAGGGUGCAUUAUUAUUAACUUUCCUUAGAACUAAAUGGGUUCCCAGCAUGACUUUUAAAGACAUUGUAUUUAGAGUAUUUACAUUGUAUUUAAGCACACAUGAACCGUGUGCUUUCCACGGUUCAUGCCCAGUAAACCGUGGAAAGCACAGUUACUAAACAAGAGCAUAUAUUGGUGCUAUGUUGUACAUUGAGACAGGUGUUGGGGUGAAUUAUCCUAUUAGGGAAAAUUGCUAUUUUUAAAUGCUCUCAUAAGAGUCUCAUUCCCCCUAAAGUUUUCAGGGUAAAGAAUCAGGUUUUGUUCAAAAUGCACCCCUUCACUGGGCUCUUUGUUCUAUCAUUUCUUUUUCUUUAUUUUACAAUUUCUCAUUUUUUUUUUGUGUAAACUGAUAUACUUAUGUUUUAUCAGUAAAGUUUUAUAUAAAAUUUGUACAUUUAUACUGACAUUCAGCGUGACUUUUUGUUGUGUGUCUAUAUGUACAUCGAUCAGCCAUAAAAUCAACACCACCACCAGGUAACCAACCAACACUGACCAGCAACUAUACAUCUAAAGGUGAAAGGAUCAUGGGCACCUAAGGCUCACCUAUGCUCGCUGGGACCAACAUCAGCCCUUUUAGGCCAAUCCCACUGAAAAGCCAAUGUAACACAAAUUCCCAAAAAGUUCAAUGCUGGCUAUUAUAGAAAGGCACUAGAACACCACAGCCACUGUCAAGUGGAAAAUAGACAAAGGCCGACGACUCAGCAAUUUCCCGAAUCCCAAUCCAAACAAGCACUCAUGGGAUGCGCCUGACAAAUAAGUACAAACCAGUGACACCCCACCACUGCUGCCAAAGUUUAAAGGUGAUUUACUUGGUGUAAAUAUUAUUUUCAUACCGAAAUCGUUCGAGUCAAACAGGGACUUGUAGCUCUGAGCCUACUGCAGGCGUUCCUGUAAACAUUCAGCGAGUUGAACAGCUGAUCCUUAAAAAUUGACUGCUAACCUGUCACCAACUUGCAGAAGAGAUCUGUGUGGAACCUGUACAAUCAUGAACACCACUUGCACACCACUUGCCUUAUUCCAUAUACAGUCUUGACCUUGCUCCAAGACAUUUUCACAUGCGUAUGCCAUUAAAGAAGUUCCAGGGAGGCCAGCAUUUCAGAUAUGAGGAAGGCAUUUUAAUCAUAGCUCUGUCAAACUGAGAAAACUCUCUAUUUUAAUGGUGUCCAAGCCCUAGUAAAAUUCUCGGUUAAGUGCAUUUGUGUAGCAGGGGAUUAUUGGAUGUCGAGAAAUAAUGGGAGUUAUUACUCCCAUAAGUCCCAGUUUGACUAUAAACACCCAUAUCCCCACAGACUUGUACAGUAUGCAUUAAGUGUGAAAGGAGCAUGCACAUGUCUUCUUACCCUGAUGUGCACUUCACUCAGGAACAGGGUAAAUUCAAACCAUGUAACUUUUUUCCAAUCCUUCAGGAAUCUUUCUUCAUGCUCUCCAACAAUUUGAUGCCUUUUUUUUCUGAUUAGCCUUGCUGAUAAGUGGUCUUUAUUUCUACACAUGCUGUUUAGUCUCAAUCCCUUAAGCUUUCUUUGCAUUGUGAAUGUGGAAUGCUCUUACUUUCACUAUUAAACAUAGCCAUCUACUGUU